UCAGAUGGGUUGGUUUCCAUGGUAAGUGCGGCCUGUGGGGAUUCGGUUGUUACCCAAUAGUGUUCCUGCAAACACGCAAACCAACCGACCUCCGGGAGGCUGGGCUUAAUGCUGUGUGUCCAAGAUGGCGGUUAUCUCCAUUGAAAGGAUGGGGCUGCUGUCUGUGGUCUGUGUGUUUCUGUUUUUCACCAGCGCCUUUGCUGUGGAUCGGGGAAACUUUAAAACCUGUGAUCAGAGUGCUUUCUGCAAACGUCAACGGGCACUCAAGCCGGGUCAGUCCCCAUAUCGAGCUCUUCUGGAAACUUUGGAGCUCAGUGACUCCCGACUGACCCUCCAGCUCAUCAAUGACAACAACAAGGUGCACUUGCUGUUGGAGCUGUACAGACUGCAGGGGAAUAUGACGCGGGUGAAAAUAAAUGAGCUGAAACCUCUGAAGCCGCGCUUUGAGGUUCCAGACGUGCUCAUAUCAGAGCCUCCUACUGAGCCUCUCUCAGUGUUGUCCAAGGAUGAUAAUGGCGUUGUGUUGUCUCUGGGAGUAGAGAAUCAGAGGUUGAUUGUUAGUGCCCGUCCAUUUAGGCUGGACAUCAUGGAGGGACCAGAGGUGCUGCUAUCUCUCAACUCGCGUGGCCUGCUGGCCUUUGAGCACCUGCGUCUUCACAAGGACACGCAAGCACAAACAGAUGGUGCCGAGGUUAAAGAGAGUGUAGAUGGAGAUCAACAGCAAGAGGAGAAGGAUGAGGGUGGAGAGCGUGAUAAAGAGGAAGAUGGAUUGUGGGAAGAGACGUUUAAGUCUCACACAGAUACUAAACCGAAUGGCCCCACAUCGAUAAGUUUAGACUUCUCCUUGCCUGGUGUUGAACAUGUGUACGGUAUUCCAGAGCAUGCUGAUGACCUAAAACUCAAAACUACAGAUGGUGGUGAUCCAUACAGGCUGUAUAACCUAGAUGUGUUUCAGUAUGAGCUCUAUAACCCUAUGGCCUUAUAUGGAUCCAUACCUGUCAUGCUAGCUCAUAAUACACAGAGGACCAUGGGUAUUUUCUGGCUUAAUGCAGCGGAGACCUGGGUAGACAUCAGUUCUAAUACAGCGGGAAAGACUGUCUUUGGUAAGAUGCUAGACUUUGUUCAAGGCUCAAGUGAGAAGCCACAGACGGACGUCCGUUGGAUCUCUGAGAGCGGUAUCAUCGAUGUCUUCAUCAUGCUUGGGCCCAAACCCUCAGAUGUCUUCUCCCAAUACGCCUCUCUCACAGGCACCCAGGCUUUCCCUCCCCUCGCCAGUCUGGGCUAUCACCAGUGCCGCUGGAAUUAUAAUGACCAGGAAGAUGUGAAGUCAGUGGACCAGGGCUUUGACCAACAUGACAUUCCUUAUGAUUUCAUAUGGCUUGAUAUUGAGCAUGCAGAUGGCAAGCGCUACUUUACCUGGGAUCCCCACAAGUUCCCUCAGCCUAAAGAGAUGCUUCAGGGCCUAAUGGACAAGAGACGCAAGAUGGUGUCUAUAGUAGACCCCCACAUCAGGGUUGAUAGUGGCUACAAGAUCCACAAUGAGAUUACUUCAAAAGACUUCUAUGUCAAGAACAAAGAUGGCAGGAAUUAUGAAGGCUGGUGCUGGCCAGGAAACUCGGGUUACCCAGAUUUUACCAAUCCAGAAAUGCGGGCCUGGUGGGCCAGCAUGUUCGCUUAUGACCAGUAUGAGGGUUCGAUGGAGAAUCUCUUUACUUGGAAUGACAUGAAUGAGCCGUCUGUGUUCAAUGGGCCUGAGGUCACUAUGCACAAAGAUGCACUGCAUGGAAAGUGGGAGCACCGAGACAUCCACAAUAUCUAUGGACUUUAUGUGCAAAUGGCCACUGCCGAAGGUCAGACUCAGCGAUCUGGUGGAGUUGAAAGGCCUUUCGUUCUGACCAGAGCCUUUUUUGCUGGUUCUCAGAGAUAUGGUGCUGUUUGGACUGGUGAUAAUGCAGCUGAGUGGGACCAUCUCAAGAUUUCUAUUCCCAUGUGUCUCAGUCUUGGGCUUGUGGGCGUCUCGUUUUGUGGAGCUGAUGUUGGUGGCUUUUUUAAGAAUCCCAGCGCUGAGCUUCUGGUUCGCUGGUAUCAGACGGGUGCGUAUCAGCCAUUCUUCCGUGCUCAUGCUCAUCUAGACACCACACGCAGGGAACCCUGGCUCUUUGGGCCGGAGAACACAGCGCUCAUCCGGGAGGUGAUCCGCCAGCGUUAUGCUCUUCUGCCGUACUGGUACCAGCUGCUCUACCAAGCACAUAAGACUGGAACGCCUGUCAUGAGGCCUCUUUGGGUUGAUUAUCCCAAGGACACGGCAACUUUCACCGUUGAUGAUGAAUUCCUAAUUGGCAGUGAUUUGUUGGUCCACCCAGUCACAGAGGAAGGGUCUCGUGGAGUCACAGCCUAUCUGCCUGGAGCCGGAGAGGUUUGGUAUGAUGUCCACACCUUUCAAAAACACAAUGGUGCACAGAAUCUCUACAUCCCAGUCACCCUAAGCUCUAUCCCGGUGUUCCAGCGUGGUGGCUCUAUCAUUCCUCGGAAGGACAGAGUUCGAAGGUCUUCUGCCUGCAUGGAAAAUGACCCAUACACCUUGUAUGUGGCCCUUAGCCCUAAGAAAUUUGCCAAAGGCGAGCUCUACAUUGAUGAUGGCCAUAGUUUUAACUAUGAUACAAAGAAAGAAUUUAUUCAUCGGAGCCUCACUUUUGCCAACAAUGCUCUCACCUCCAGCAACCUGUGCCCAGACUGUAAUUUCUUAACAUCAUCAUGGAUUGAAAAGGUUCUCAUUUUGGGUGCCAGCAAACCCAGCAAGGUUCUUCUUAAAGUGGAUGGCAAAGAAACCACUGUGGACUUUGAGUUUGACACUUCCAUGUCAGUGCUAACCCUCCGGAAACCUGGGAUGAAUGCUGGGGCCGACUGGACCCUGCUGCUGCAGUAGAUCACUGGAUCUCUACAGCGGCCCGGGCCAGAUGACACGAGACCUAAAAAAAAAAUCACUUAAAAUUCAUCAGUUGAAAAAUUCACUCUUAAUUCAUAAACGCAUCGAGCACUUACAAAUUCAACAAUUCAAAAGUGAACAAGUGGUGCAGUGGGUCAGAGAAUAUUUCUAAGUGCAAAAAAGAAAUGGAUCCAACUGGCAGGGUCAGACAGUAAAUGCUUUCCAUUUUUAAUUUAGUAAUGUCAUUCAAAAGUCAAAAGCUCUGUUUUUAAUUUUGUGUAGUGAAAAAGUAGUAUUAAAGUCAGAUUGACUGAAACAUGCAGUGGAUUUAAAUCCUUUCAGGGCAGCAGAUAAGAGUGUUAAUUGAAUUUAGACCUUAUGAGAACAGUGAAAACCCAGUCAUUACUGAAGUUGAUUGAUAUUUUGCAAAAAUAAGACAACACAACAGGUUCACAAAUCAAUUCUGUUUGUCUGAAAUGUUAACGCUCUAAAAAUGGUUUACUAAGAGUACGUCAGGGGUGUUAAGAGUUCAGUUUUUAGUUCUGGAGACUACUAUUAAGCUCUACUUGCUUAUGGCCUAGUUAGUUAAUUUGAUGUGGGAUCUAGGGUUUGGAUUGUUUUACUGGGGAAUAACCCACUAAAUCUGUGAGUUUAUUUUGUCUUAUUGAUAAAAUUUUUGUUGUCUAGAUAACUUGAAUAUGCUGUUUUUGGGGUGGAUAGGGGAUCUAUGUUUUGAGCCUGUAAAGCAGGAUGAAACCGUCAGGCACUUAUAACUUUUCUAAUCUACUGUGACAGGGAAGAUGAUUUAAGUCAAUUUUGUCAUCCAUUAUAAAAUUGUUGAUAUUUUGCGAAAAUGACUGAAGUAAAUGUCUCAUGAAGGAGAGCUUUGUGUACAUUCCCGUUUGAUCAUCUUGCCCUUCUGCUCUAGUUUCCAACUCUUUUUCAUUCCAUUUUUGAGGGUGACCCUGAAAGAUUUGAAAAUGUGAGUCGAAACAUCAUGUCUACAGUUCUGAUUGAGUGUUCACAUAAGAUGGUAAUAAAAAGUACAUUCCCAACUGCA